AAAACCGUGCGAAAAAAGUCGAAAAAGUUCCCUUUGCGUCGUUCCCGAAGUCGCAGUCAUCUCCAUCAGCAGUGUGCAAAAGUGCUCUUCUGCCGUAGUAAGACCCGAAAGGAAGGCUUUUCAAGGCCCCGUAAGCAGAGAAAUCGCGGAACACCCAUCAACCGAGGAUGAUCGGAAACCUGGCCAAGCUGUCGUACGUGCGCGGAGUGUCGCAGACCGUCGCGAGCGGUCUCAAGGCCGCAGCGGUGCCCGUCAAAGUCGAGGCUAAACCAGUCGUCGCAGGUCAGACUCCUAUUGUUGCCAGCUCGCCAAACUGUGCACUGCCCCGGUCCGUUCUCCGGGUGGUGUCCGGAGUUGCAGUUACCGGCCAAAUCCGUCUGGCUCACACCGACAUCCAAGUGCCGGAUUUCUCUGACUACCGUCGUGAACAGGUCAAGAGACCCAAUGCCAAGAAUGACUCAGCUGAUGAACGCGCGGCAUUCACCUAUCUGCUUGUGGGAGGUGCCGUCGUCACCACCACCUACGUCGCCAAGUCAAUGGUGUCCACCUUCAUAUCUUCGAUGAGCGCUUCGGCCGAUGUGUUGGCCAUGGCCAAGAUCGAAAUCAAGCUGUCCGACAUCCCGGAGGGCAAGUCCGUUACCUUCAAAUGGCGUGGCAAGCCGCUGUUCAUCCGCCACCGCACGGGCGCUGAAAUUGCCGCUGAAGAGUCUGUCAACACUGGAACCCUCCGUGACCCACAGGCCGAUGCUGAACGCGUCAAGAAACCACAAUGGCUCGUUGUGAUUGGUGUCUGCACGCACUUGGGAUGUGUGCCAAUUGCCAACGCCGGAGACUACGGUGGAUACUACUGUCCAUGCCACGGUUCCCACUACGACGCUUCUGGCCGUAUCCGUAAGGGACCGGCUCCGCUCAAUCUGGAGGUGCCCUACUACGAAUUCCCAGAGGAUAACCUGGUCAUCGUUGGUUAAGCAUGCAAUGCUUUUAGGUGAUUUUCCUUUUGUUUGUACUAGCGAGGCAAAACCUAUAUUAACUUUAAUCAGAAGUUGUGCGAACGAAA